CCUUGCCGCUAGUACUACUUUUACUAGAACUCUUUAGCCGGCGUAAAAACCUUUCACAGCCGCCAUAUCCGCCGCCAGAAAGCGGCUACUAAAGCGCAUUGUGCUCGCGAUUAACAGACGAAGCCUGUAAUGUACUCUUCGUAAGCAAGCGACAGCCUCAGGGCCCUAGUCCGCGUGUGCGGCUUUCACAACACAGAAAAUGGCCGUAGAUGUGUCAGAACAUGCACGCUUUUUUGACCAUUUGGUUGAGUUAGUGCCAGCGAGGUACUAUUACGACGAUGACUUUGCGAAAUUGAAUCCCCGCUACCUUGCCAAGGCAGCGCGAGAGGCGCACAAGGCCGACGUCAAGGCCAAGGCGAAGGAAGCCAGGCGUGACAAGUUUGACCCCAGCAAGGCGGCAACCACGCUUGACUUGCAGCGGCAAAAAGCCCAGUCCAAGCAGGCAGGACAGCCCGGCGUUGGCGGUGCUGAAGAGACUGCAGAUGGCGCAGGCCCAUCCACAUCGGGUCGCAAGAACGUAGCUGCUGCACAAAAGGCUGGCGCAGCGGGUGCUGCUGCUGCCUCAGAUGACGAACCAGCUGCUCCUGCGGCUGCCGGACUGCAGCUCCAGCUUUCGGGCGGUGCAAUGAGCCGGCAAGAGCUCUUAGAGCGACUUCACAAGAAGGUCCAGGAAGCCCGGGAGCGCCGCAAGGCGGCCAGUGAGACCGCCAGCAAGGCCAAGGAGUGGCGCCAGAACGCGCUGCGAGACAACGCAGCAGCCAAGCAGCAGCAGGAGGAGGAGCAGGGGCAGGGGAGCCAACAGACAGGCGGGAAGAAGCAACAAGGAGGCAAGCAGCAGCAGCAGCAGGGCGGGAAACAGCAGCAAGGACAGCAAGGUGGUGCCAACAACAAGGCUGGCAAGCAGCAGCAGGGGCAGCAGCACGCGGGUUCGAAGCGCAAGGGCGGGGAGGGCGAGGCCGGCGGCAAGCAGCAGCAGGGGCAGCAGCAGCAGGCGAAGAAAGCGCGUCGGGAGCAGCAGCAGCAGCAGGGAGGGCAGGCGGCGGCAGGGAAGGAGGAGGCGGAUUUCAAGUUUGCAAGGAUCGAGGUGGAGGAGGGCGGUCGCGCCGGCAAGGGCCCCCGGCGCCCGCCCAAGCAGGUGCUGUUGAAGCAGGCGGAGGAGAAGCAGGCGGAGAUGGCGGCGCUGGCGGGCACGCAGGAGGGCAAGGCCAAGGCCCACGCCGCCUCCUUCCAAGCCGCUCUGGCUCGCGCCUCGGGUGAGAAGGUGCUGGACGACCCCAAGCUGCUGCGCCGCUCGCUGAAGCGGGAGAGCAAGCGGAGGGAGAAGAACAGCAAGGCGUGGCAGGAGCGCAAGGCCGCCCAGCAGGAGACCCAGGCGGCACGGCAGACCAAGCGAACCGAGAACCUGGCGGCGCGGCGGCAGACCAAGCUGGACAACAAGAAGGCGAAGCGGGAGAAGAAGCUGCUGCGGCCGGGGUUCGAGG